AGAUGCUCAUUGGCCCUGCUGCGCCACUAGCUACCUAGAAUGUUCUCUCUCUCAUGGUCAGCUCUGCCACCAUGAUGAUGGCUUUGACAUUCAGAGACUGAUCAAAACAACAACCCCCUGCUGGGAAGGGGGUUGGUGCAAGGUCACGUUUCCUGGUGCUAGCAGCUGCUUCUUUGAACGGGGAGCGGGUGCGGCGGCGACGCCGUCAGCUGCACAGUGAUUCUUGGUGCCCCUCGCUUAGCGUGUGUAUGGCACAAUCGUUACCAACCCUGGCAUUGUCAGAUAGGCUUUAGCGGCUCUUUCUCUGAGUCAUUGAUUGUGACCAACUUUGCUCUUUAGUAGCUUUGCUUUCAUCCAAUAUAUUUCCCUUCGUGAUAAAUUUCACGCGACCUUAAAGGUAUUUGGUCAGGGCAGGAGUGUUCAAGGGGGGCCCAAGCUGCAAGGUGUUUCUGCAAGGUGUGGGGUUCUUUGUGACCCUAAGUGGCAAUGAGUUAGCCAGCAUUGACGCUUUUGUAAGGUAGUAGGCGCACAAAGCAAACUGUUGAAAGCUAGAAUAGCUCCUUAAUGUAGAACAGCCCCUUUAUCAGAGGUACAAAGCUGCCCUUGACAUAGUUGUAUUACCCCUAGCUAUUGCUUCUCUCCACCCACAUAGCUUACCUUCGUAAGUGCAGCUCAACAUGCCGAAGGCCAAGAGAAGCGCCUCCAGAAAGGGCCACCGCUCCACCCCAUCUGGCGGCCCUGGCUCCUCAUCCCAAUUUCCAGAAGAAGAAACAAAUAAAUCCAUGGAUGAAUUCUAUCAGAAGUGCAACGAGGCUGCUCUUUGGGGCCUCGGGAAGUUUGUUGAGGUGUCGAUCUUGGCCUAUGGUGCGACAGCACUCUGCACGAUGUUCGCUUAUGGAAGCGCUCUUAGGGGUGGGAAGUCGUUGGCCAAUCUUGGCACGGUGGCCAUCUUGUUGCUGCCUUGGGCGGCAGUCGUGAGCUCUGGGGCUGUGCUGGUGACGAAGUUGGGGUGGACGACGCUUAUCUUCCUUGCGGCCCUGGCAUUUGGACUAUUCCGCUAUUACGGCACCAUGGCAGGAAUCCUGGCAGUCGGGGUGUACUCUGUGGUUGCUCUCUUCUUGGGGGGCAGCCCUUGGACCACUUUGCUCGUCACAGUGGCAGGAUGCGCCCUUUUCUACUUCCGCUACACCGCCCUCGCGCUCGUCGGCACCCUCUGCUAUGCGGCGCUCUCCGUGUAUCGCACGGGGGGCUACCUGGCGGUCGGGUGCACCUUCCUUGCGGCCUGCCUAUCCAAUGACGUCAUCCAAUACCUGGCGGCGCAACUCCCCCCUGAAGAGAAGACACCAGGGGCCGCAGCUUCAGACGAGAACGUAAAUGCGGGGCGCUCGCGGGAGUGGAGCUGGACUGAUCCCGCCAGGGGGGCCGGGUGGAGCUCCGGCACGUCUCAGAGUUCUCAGCACUCGAGCUGGAAGGAUACGACAGGGGGGUCUGGUUGGAGUUCCGGCAACUCGCAGCAGAGGACGAGCCGGGAGAACUUCUACAACUCCACGUAUGGGGGGGGAAGAGGUGACGGGACGAGCGGGCGCGGGCGCGGGCGUGACUCCGGCCGGGGUGCAGGGGAGAGCGCGAGUACGUCGGGGUCGUCGUAUUCGUACGGGGGGUCUGGCCGGCCUGGGAGGGAGCGGGAAGCCUCGGAGGCGCAUGAAAACAAUAAGAAGGAGUCUCCAAAAUCGUCUCAGAGGAAUGGCAGUAGCGCCUGGUGGCAGAACGGUGGCCCUUCGGACAGAGGGGGGCACUCAGAACAGGAAAAGGAAAAAGCUUCCCCGGGGGCAGUUCCGCCCUUUGCGCGGUCACCAUCGUUUGCAGCAGAUCUGGGGGACGCUGAAGCGGAGGUGGCGCGGAUCAUAGCGUGCACCACGCACUGGGCGGUGAUGGACAUAGCGAGGGGGGCGACAAUCGAUAUUGCAGAAGCAAAGCGCACGUAUCAUAAAAAGGCCCGGUUGGUCCACCCCGACAAGAAUGCCGGGUGCGCAAACGCGGGGGAGGCGUUUAAGUGCCUGCAGGCAGCCUACGAAACGCUGAUCGAUCCAGUCAAGAGAAAGGACUACGAAGACGAGUUGAAAGCCAAAGACAUGGGCGAGCGAUUUCACAAAAUGGCGGAAGAAGCGAGGAAUCAUUCGCAGGGGGGACGUGGUCAAUCAGGGGCGUCCCCCUUUGCGAACUUUGACCCCGAAGAGUUCUUCCGCGAGAGCGACAGCAAGAAGGUGCACUGCUACCACUGCGGCGACUCCCACGAGUGGCUCAAAGUGGACCGCCCCAAAAAAGCCUGCCGCUGGUGUACGGAGUGCAACAAGUACCACGGUGCGGCAGAGGGUGACGGCUGGUUCGAGCAGGCUUCGCGGCCGACGUUCUUCGGGCUGUUCAAGCAGGAGGACCCGAUGCAGGCCUUCUGCGUCGAGGGGGGGCAGGUCUACCUGUGCACCACGUGGGUCGAGUGCCAGGGCAUGGCCGGCCGGCCCAACACGCACAAGCCCAGUUUCGAAGUGAAGUCGGAGGGGCGCGGCCGGGGCGGCGGCGGGGGUGGAGGCCGCAGCGGUGGUCGGGGCAAGGGCCGGGGCAGAGGCGAGCCGGACCUGUCCGACGUCUUCGAGUCGGAAGACGACUUUUGGCACUUCAUGGAGGACUUGAUGCGGCAGGGGGGGGGUCCCCCGGGGUCUUUCGGGCCUAAGAGCCAGGGCUCAGGGAAGGGGGGUGCAGGGAAGCCGAAACCGUCGAAAAAGCAAAGGCAGAAGGCGAAGAGGAACGGGUGGUAAAAGGAGAACGGAAGCGAGUGCGGUUCGCGACUGUCGCUUUCAUGUUGCGAACAGUCGUAUGGCGGCAACAGUGAAGCGCAGUGGGGUUAAUGGACGAAGCGGCAUUGGUAAAUGCACUUUGUGUGUCCAGAGUAAAACUGGGCAGACUUUGCACUCAGGCAGAAAUCCUGGUUAAGCGCCCUUACUGAGAAAAUUGGUUGCAUGAUACACUGUGUACCGAGAGUAAGCAAGUCAAUUCUGCUUCAUUAGCACCAUGAGCUUCUCAUCGGGUUAGCAGCAGUUAGCUCCUUGUACAAUAAGAGGCCAUUCAUGAACGCAGCGCAAUCACAUGAAGAGCUUUUUCUUGUUGCGGCUACUUAAACUGAGGUAAAGCUUAUACAUAAAGCUGCAAGAUUGGCGCUCCUUAUCCUCGAGCUAAAGUUAGAUGCUAAAGGACGGACAAGGAAAAUUCGAGCCUGCUGAAUUUGCGACCGUAGAAGUACCGUGUUGUCAAGCAACUUUCCUGUGAAAACAAGAUCCAGAGUCAAGGGUCUACGAGUUAAAACCGGCGUAUCAUUGUUUUUCUCU